UCUCUCUCUCUCUCAGUGAUCGUGGUAGCAUAACUGUUGGUUGGUUGGGACUCUGCAACGAUUGAUCAUGGCUUCCUGCUUUCGGUGUUUUAAUGAAGAGAGAGCUGACACCACAGGUAUUGUUUAAAGUAUUUCUGAUGUGUAUGGGUUUGUCUCUAUUUUCUUUUUUAGUAUAAUUGGCUAGCACUACUGAGCCAAAACUGAUUGAGCUGAUUGGCGUAUAUGUCUACUCUUUCUCACAUUUCUCUUUCUCCUUUGAUUUUCUCAUAUGUUGGACCAGAACCAAAUCCACUUGGGUUUAGGAAAUAUAAGUAUGAGGAACUAUCACAGGCAACCCAACAUUUCUCCAACGCAACAUGCCUUGGCUCAGGUGCUUUUGGUGAAGUCUUCAAAGGAACAAUAGAUGGACAAGUCGUUGCUGUUAAGAAAAUUAAAUAUAAAAUGGAAGAACAGCAACAAAAUAAAGUAGAGGAGAUUGAGUACCUUAAAAGAGUGAGUCACCCAAAUGUUGUUAAGCUGAUUGGCUAUUGUGAUGAAGGUGCUGAUAAAUUGCUUGUCCUGGAAUUUGUUCCCAAUAGGACCUUGAGAUAUCAUUUAAAUGAUGAAAAGAACAUUUUGGAGUGGUCAAAGAGAAUGAAAAUCGCUAAAUACACUGCGUAUGGGUUGCAUUAUCUACGUGUAAAUUGUGAGUAAUUUCACUGCUUUCUAUAUACUAUAUGAUUAGAUGUUUAGGCUGGAUGUGUGUUCGUUUCUUUCUUUCUUUCUUUUUUAUUUUUUAUUUUUAAGUGUGCUAUUAAUAUAUUUUCUAUUAAAAUUUUACUAUCUUUCCAGGUAAACCUAAAAUUAUACACCGAGAUAUCAAGACAGAUAAUAUUCUUCUUAACGAAGAAUUUGAACCAAAGGUUGCAGAUUUCUCCCUUGCCAAGUUUUUACCAGGUGCCAAUAAUGUUAGCCAUAUCACCAGUGUAUUGAGAGGAACUAACGUGUAAGAUCAUUUUUCUUUUUCUUGUUA